AUCAGAAAUGUGAAACUUACUUCUAAUUCAUACGGUACAUUUCCUACUAGUAUACAAACGUUUUAUGACGACACGGCAUGUAUUCUUCGAAGUUUCGUUUCCUAAACCCUUUUCAGCCGUGACAUGGACAAACCGGCGGUGCUCGUAGGCAUUGACUACAAUGUUCUUUCAGCAUUUUCGUUUUUCAGAUAUUCGCCAGAUUGGUAUCUGGCCUGCAUCCUUUUUUCAAAUGACAAAACGCAGAAAGGAAGGUGUGUCGCAACCGCAGACACCUUCCAUCCACUGGGGAACGCCAUCUUUCCGCCCGUGUCGUAUUGCGAUUCUUAGCGCACGUACAAUGCACAACAAAGGCAGGCUUGACUAUAUCGUAUUUUCCACGCCGCCGCUGACGGACGAUGCCGGUGUUCGAUUCUCCAUUUCAAUCUCGGAGAUGACUUCCAAAGAACUCUGCGUUGCCCCCGACCCUGCGGGUGCAUUAUGAUCCUCCGAGGGAACGGUAUCUGCGAUAAGAGACCACCCCCAAAGACGAUACCAGACCGAUCGAACUGGUGAAGUACCUCUCGGGUUGUUGGUGUUUCUGUCGUUAUGGUUGCCCGCAAUUCCUUGGGCUGUUUCGUCACCCGAUGCUUCCAUAUCGGAUGCCCGGCCUUCCUUCCCUGUCUCGCUGUUUCCUCCGUCUUUGUUGUUGAGUUUCUUCUUUCUUUCUAUUUCUAGCACGUGUUUGAGUACGUCCAUUUUGCACAGGGGACAGCUCGCAUCUCGCUCGGUCAGCCACGGAAUCAAACACGGUUCGUGAAACUUGUGGCCACACGGAAGUACCCGAACUUUCUCCCCGUCGUCGAAAUCGUCCAAGCAUAUGGCGCAGCAGCAGGAAGAAUCCCCCCCUUCCUCGCUGUUGCAAGCAUCCGCGUCCCCCAAAAACUCUUCCUCGUCGAGAAUCUGGACCUGCUCGGCGGUGAGCUUGUGAACGCGAAUCAUCCGAGCCAGGCCCUCCGUGUGACGAAUUCCGGGUCCCCCAGCAAAGAGAACGAUGCGCCCGUGCUCAUCGGGGGCCGCCGUGAUGCAACCACACUGGGCACAAACCAGGAGGCAGCCAAAGAAAAUCAAAAAGGCAAGGAAUCCCGACAUAGCGGCCUGGCACGAAAGGUGAUUGGGUUGCAACAUACGAAUAAAUCAUAACAAUAGUGUCGUUAUCAGAAAACAUUUUACAAAAACAGGAUGGCAUGAGUGGAUGAGGGGAAAAUCCGUCCAAAGCCGAGCCCAUACGAACUGAAAAAUCUAGAGUCAAAUCGUGCAGAGUUUGGUGGAACAAAGACACAAGAACAGAGACGCGUGUAUUGCUAUCGCGACGUACCAAAAAAUAAGCAGCCAUGUUGAGAGCUGGAAAGGCUGGAUCCAUGUACGGGCGAUCGCCAUCUAUGAGAACCAGCAAUCCAUUCGUAUGAUCACCGUAAUCGUCGUUGCCACUGUGCACAGUUCCGUCUUGAUUCUCUUCGCCGCUCCCCUGCGUCGUAUCAAAACCGGUGAUCGGGGGCGGUGGUGGUACUCCUGCAUUACCUGGGCCCGAAUCUUGGUGCGGAGUUGGUUGGUUGCUGCGAAUCAGAUCCCUCAUUUCGUGCCCCGACGCAGAGGAGACAAAUAGGAGGGUCAUGUCCGUCGGAUAUUCACUGCUCAUGGGGACCAAGUCGGGCGAGACAACGUCAUCGUAAAUGAUUACGUAUCGGACGGAGGGGCCGUACUUGGAGGCAAGCUCGGCUUUUUCCCAAAACGUACACAUUCCCCGUUCCACCAGCAGUGCGAUCGGAAGUCCGUCGUCGGGAUCAGGAAGUGUUUCCAUCGAGUCGAAAUAGCGGGAUGCUGCAUCGGUGCUAUUGGCGUUGUCCUGGUUGCUGCUGAUCAUCAUGUUGUUGUCCAUUAAGUUCUGCUCGUUGUUGAAAAACUGUGGGGGCGGCUGCGGCUGUAUGUUCUUUAGCUCGUCGGGACACAUGUACGGCUGAUUUGGUAUCAUGGUGAGGUAGGCAGCAACGGGAGGAUCGUUCUUGUCGGAACUAAGCUCGUUUCCAAACAGACCCGGCAAGCUAACAAAGGUUCGAUUGAAUUCGGGAAGAUACACCGUCCCUUCUACCUGGGAGGGAGCCCCAAACAAAACAAAAAAGGCGAUAGCAAUGACGGAAGGAAACAACAGUAAUUUUCCAGAUCCAUUCCCGCAGGCAGCCCUUCCUCGCUGUUCUUUUCCUCGCGAGACCAGUCGCAAAAUCAUCUUGCCAGUGGUACUCGCAAACUGUUCCGUGUUAGCUGGUGAAUAGAUGGUUGGAUUUUGAUAAGAGAUGUACAAUCAAGGCAGUGAUGCUGCCUUCUACAGAACAGGUAGCCAGAAUCGGAUUCAGAUUCUACGAGUCUGAGAUUCCUAAUCUAAGUUGUCGAGGGAUUGGCUCAACAUCUACCGCAACUCCUUCUUCGAGUGGGGCGACACACCUUUUCUAAUCUUCAGCCAAAUCAACCCUCGACACCAACAACAUCAAGCGUGGAAACCUGCGUCGAAUUCGUACGAUACAAUACGAUGCGAGUUCCAGCACGCAUUCGUAUUGAAUUAUUUAGAAAGUCAGCUGCCGUUGCGGGUUUACUCCUCGACGAAAAUAGUACGAGAAACACGUUCCGUACAGUACCAGAUUACGAGUACGUAAGUACUGGUAGUAUCAGAAGUUCAGUUCGUUCUGUUUGGGCACUCUACGACCUACGAGUACUUACCAUAACGUACUACGGCACACAAAUCGGCAAUACCAAGUGAUGCGUUCAAUUGCGCGCCUUUUCUCCACGAUGACCAUCGUAUUCUACAUUCUACCGAACGUGAGCAUAGAUCGUGUCGUAUUUCGGAGUCAUGUAAUUAUUUUUAGGAGGGGAACCCCGUCUUCUGGCGAUAUAACGGAGCGGAGAGCGCGCGUCCCCGCCCGGGUGGUUGGUGCGAGUACCCGAACUACUGUAGUCCGGGACUGGAAUGACUAACGUAAAAUCGAUCGAUGGGAUUGAUUCAUUCUUGCCCUUGAGGAUCAGAUCGAUCGGAUCUUCUAGUCUUCUUGUAAGAAAUUUUUUUUUUCCCAGAAUGACCGAUACGGUGUUUUACGUACGUUGCAGUAAUACAAUACGAAAGUUUCAUUAAUUGAAAUGAACAGAUUCCGGAAGGGUCGAACAAGUAAUGAAGGCAACGAUACAACAAGAUUGUAAUUGCCUUUCAGCUUCUCUUCAUCCUACAAUGGAAAGUCUGCGGGAAAGUCUACUGAAAUAGCUACGGAACUAUUCAACCGGAGACUUGCAUUGACUCAAGAUACGUUGCGUGUUCGACGCGAGGGUACGGUACCAUUGGCCUUUAUCGUGCUUCUACCGUCAGAUCAUCGUACAAGACAUGACCCCGUUCGGAAUGGUUCAUCAAUUUACGAGGCGCAAAGGCAACUCUAGUCACGUAUAAGAAUGCAGGACUGCUACUAUCGUAUCAGCUUUUGCGAACUUGGGUAAGAAGAAGUGCGAAAAUUUUCGUGUCUUUCAUUUGUUGUGAUGCCAAAAGGAGUCGUACUGUAUGGUACUAUCCAUACCGUACCUUAAAGGUAUGUUGAAAGUAGAGAGCAAUGUCGAGAGAGAUUGUAUCGCUCGCAUGAACCUUCAUCGCAACAACGAAGCAAGCCGAAUUAGCUCAGUUGGCAGAGCGCACGACUCUUAAUCGUGUGGUCGAGGGUUCGAUCCCCUCAUUCGGUGCUCUCUUAUAGUGAAGUGGUUAUCACUCUUGACUUUGAAUCAAGCAUCCGGCGUUCGAAUCGCCGUAAGAGAACGUUUUGCUUCAAUUUCUUUUUUUCCAACAUGUAAAUUGCAUUUUUGCAAUUCGAAACCACUACUAUCCUCUUGGGCAUUUUGGACGCGAUAGUAAGGCUGUUGCCCCACCACGAGAUCCUGUAUUGCAUAAGAUUUGCGUUCUUUUCGGUUCCCUGCAACCAGGUAGAAAAAAUAGAAAAUCGUUUGUUUUAUUGGAGAGUACCUGGAGUUCUGUUCGAAAAGAGAUCAUUUAAUUUAUCUCUUGUCAUCGUUAUUUUUCGUUUUAGUUUUGAUAUUUCUAUCAGUAUCGCGCUGCUUGCUUCAUGAAGUAGUAGAUAUUUGAACACGAACACCAACAAAUGGCGAUCAGCUUGUUUCUCAACAAAGUCUUCGAUGUUUAGAGAUUUUCUUUCAGUGGAACUGCACGCUUUGAUAUGGCGCAUCGGUAUUCGCCAGUGAUUUAUUUCUUUCGGUACCUGAUGGUUACAAUUACAACUUGCAUUAAAUCAUCUUCAACCAG